CAACGGUGGUCACAGCACCGGUGGUAGCGGGUGUACCGGUGCAACAGAUUACACGGAGAGCGAAGGGUACAUCAAGGGUUACACCAAACCCAUGAUGGACAUUCUGCGCAAGCGCCAGUCACAGCUGUUCCGCGAUCUCGAGCAGGAGCGGCGCAGGUCGAACGAGAAGGAGGAAGAGGGAAAGCAAAAGGCGAAAGAAGAAGAAGUCGGAGCAGAGGAGGAUGAGGAUGAGGAGGAUGGUGUGGAAGAUGAUCAUGAAGGCGAGGACGACGAAGAGAUGGCUACAUCGGAAACGAAUGUAGUCGAUGACGAUGAUGACGAGGAGCAGCAAGAGGAAGAAGACGAAGAAGAAGCUUCUGAAGAAGGGGAGGACGGUUACGAGCAACCUGCGGUCGAAGUCGGCCGUAACAAUCACUACACGAAAGGUGGAUCGCUAUCACAGCGGGGCAGUAGCAAGGGCAGCAAGAAGGAGGACACUGACAGUGACUUCAUCAACGAUGGUGGCUGUGAAGAGGAAGAAGAGGAGGAUGAACAGGAAGAGGCGGCACAGGAUAGCGAAAACGAGGAUGAAGUGGAAGAGGACGAGGAAGAUUGCGGGGACGAUGACGAUGACGGUGACGAUCAGCAUGACAGUGACUUCAACGAUCAAGAAAGCUCGCUUGAAAGUGAAGAAGAGGAAGAGGAAGUGCGAAUCUCGCGAAAGGGAUCCAAGAAAAACGGUGCCCGGAGUAAGGGGAAAGGUAGUGGUAGUGUUGCGGUCAGUGGCGGACGCAGGUCUCGCCAGGUGAGCGAAGUCCGUCCGCGGAAGCGUUCGAAGAGCAAUGCUAGUAAAGCAUCGAAAGCAUCGAGUAGCAGCAAUUUCCAUGACAACAGCAGCCGCAAACCACGGAAGCGUACGAAUCGUCGGCACGAGGUGGAGCAAUAUGAAGAACAGCAACCGGCACGGCAGUACGGUGGUAACCCUGCGCAGCAUAAUCCUCAUCACUUAAACAACAACAGCAAAGCCUACUACGAUGGUGAUGUCGAUGAUUCUUCGCACGACACGGCCCCGCCACCGUCUUCGCGUAGCUAUGCCGGAUCGAUCGCUUCGGACCGGAUGAGCAGCCAGUACCACUUUGUGAAGCGCCGUAAAUCGGGCCUCCGGGAGCGGAUACGACCGACGGAUCGUGGUACCGACUAUCAGGACGAUCUGGCGCGCAAACGGAAGGCCGCGAUGCGCAACAAGCGGCGUCGGGAAUCGGCUGCCGCCCAGCUCGACGAAUCGUCCAUCGAACGACGGCGGCAGCGGGCCAAGAAGCAGCGCAAGGCGUCAACGCGUGAUCGCGUGUCGGUGGGUGAUGAUGAAAGUUCACGCAGCAGCACUCACUCACUCGCCACAUCGGAGGCAUCCUCGUGUUCCGCCCUUUCCACCUCCACGGGGUCCUCGUCGACGGCUGCCUCUUCGUCGACGUCGACGAGCUCCUCGUCCCUCGGCUCUUGUGGCUCCAUGACGCGCCGACGACGGCGACGACGAGUACCAACUACCAACGAAAGCUCGCCCCGUGAGGACACUCGGAGCAGUCGACGUUCUUCCGUACGCCGUAAGGGACCAUCAUCGACGGUAUCAUCGAGCAACGGUUGGAAUCGUUCGGCUACCAACUCACGCUCCUCUUCGGUAUCGGCCUCAAACGCUUCGCAGCACGAUAGUAGGCACUACUACGAGACGGCGGUCGGUGAUCUGACGAGGGAAACUCGGCUUGCCACUCUGCCCGAAGAUGACGAUUUUAUCGAGGAGGACGACGAUGAUACGCGUGAUGUGGAUUACUCGCCAAUUUGCACCCGUGGCAAGCGUAAAACGAAAAAUGCAGCUAGUUGCGGUGCAGACGGGCCUGGGACGAUAGUGUCCCGCAGGACAAACCACGGUAGCAGUAUUGCUGGAACUGGCGGAAGCGUGCGGAAGAGAAAUGAUUCCAAAGUUGUUGUAUGUUGUCGUCCUUCCACAGCAGGUGGUGGUGGACAUGGUAGAAGCACGACUGACCUAUUACUACCGACAAACCCCGUUACGUCUUCCACCUCUUCGAUGGUGGUAUCCACCUUGUGUCCGGCCACCACUACCAACCACCAUGUAAGGAGUGCUACCUCACUCCACCACAGCUACAGAGAAUCAUCACAAGCGAUCGUGCAGCCGGCCGACGUUCUACUCCCUCAUCGUGCCCGUCGCUAUCAGCACCAUCGGCAGUACCGGCAGCAACAGCAGUUGCAGCACCAACAACAGCCGCAGCAUCAUUACUUCUAUGCCGGUGGCGCCCAUCAUCGACCAGAGGACGAGCAACGUCCGCGGCAAUCGACGAUGGUAGUACGGACAUACAGUCGCGGAUAGCAGAGUGAAUGCGGGCCGUAGAACUGCUGUAAAUAAUUGAAUCCUCUUUUCGUUCGAUUGUCAUUCAACGUCGUCGUUCGUAAUGGAAAUGAUGGGUACGACCGACAUCCAGGUCGUUGUUACGCCACAAGGUGCGCCGGCAGGUGGCUGCCGCUGGUUAAAAUUUGCCGAGAAGAAAUCGACAAAAUGUCUUUUUUAAAUUUAUCUUCUCUAUUGAUACAGCUAUUGGUUUCCCUAUUGUGCGAGGUUCGUGAAUGUAUAUGCUCAUUUCUAGCUCCACUAUCCUCGGUACUGCUGAUCGAAAGGAAAACGUUGUAUCGGCUUACAACGUUGUAUCGGCUUAGUAGUCAAGUUUGUGCAAGGGAAUCUAUCCUAAGAAGCUCCCGGAUUGAGCUCUAAUUCGACGACACGAUGAAGGCAGACACCAGGAGAUGGAAAAACAAAAUCUCAUUUUUAUCGGAACGCUCGUUGAUUAUUACAGUCGGAGAUGAUAGUGUACGGUGGUACAGUGGAGCAGCAUGGAGAAAGUUAAAACGAAAGUUGUCCAGGGCAGUGCAUUAUCUUAAUUCUCUCGGAACCGUAGCGCUAUGGUGUGCGUUUAGUAUGAAUUCGAGGAAAUGUAGUAUCAUCGUCCAGUGAUGUGCGCGGGGAUGGAAUACAUUGCUGAUAGCUGCGAGCACACCUAUCCGGUCGGUACGGUUUGAAGUUGUGGAUAAUGAUAAACGAGCAUGCAAAGAAAACUAUGAAUUGCAGUCACUCAUCGUGAUUAAAUUAGAAAAUUCUUUAAAGAAAACAGAAGAAAAGAAAAAAAAACCUCCUAAGGCAGGAGAGAGAAAAGAUAAUGAGGAGAAAAUGAAAAAAAAACCGGGAAAACAAGCAGAGAAAGGAAGAGAAAAGGAAUAGCAUAUUAAGUGUUCCCGUCGAAUAGUCGAAAGCGGAGAAAAACAAAUCCCAUGUCCCAUGAUAUGGGUACAUAAAAAAAGCAAACAAUAUGUGAAACACUAUCUGUAUUUGUAGCGGUAAAAUUCCUUCUACUAUUAAACUGAAGCUUACUGAAUGGACUGUAUGUACGUGUUUUUACACAGCGGAAAGGCGUUCUGCGCGACGCUGUAGGUAUAGAUCGCAGAGGUAGCGUUAAUAAAUAGCUAAAAGAUAGCACCGAGCCGAACGUAUAGAAUAUGCGAUUGUCGGGCAUGGAAAUGAAAUGGCAUCGUUUGAAGAUAGCUAUUACUGAUCAGUCGAACCGAGAGCAUCGCGUACGAAAUGCUGCAAACUCUACCUACAUACAAAACUCAUACAAUUACAUUCGAUUGGAUUAGACCGGGGGCACCGCAUUAUCCUUGCUGCAGAGAUGGAAAUGAAAUUAAAUAAAUGGAAUAAAGAAAAUUAU